AUGGACUUGGGGAAGGAGCAGUCUCAUCAGAAACUCCAUCAGACACUGGCCCCUCAUCCGGAGGAGUGCCGUGUGCCAGAAAUCAUUGGAACAUGGCGUCUACGAAAUAGAGACCAACUCAGGAAAAGAAAAGCUGAAGCCCAAGAGAAGCAGACGUCACAGUGGCUCCUUGGAGAACAGAAAAAACGCAAGUAUCAGAGAACAGGCAAAGGAAAUCAAAGAGGCCAAAAGAGACAACGAAAUGCAGAAGCAAAGGUGGAGCCUCCACCACAAAGAGAAAAGGAAGUGGAGAAAGUGCCCGCACUCGCUGAGAGAGACACCGAGCCACCUGCCACCGAAGCACUUCCACUGCCAGCCUCCCCGCCAGAAGCUGCGCCUGCCGAGCGCCCAUCUGAACUACGUGAAGAAAGCAUUGGGUACCAGGAGAGUCCUGAGUGCCACGAACCGGCAGUACUGAGCCACUCUCCUGAAACAGGCCAAGAUGUGACUGAACCUGAAGACCUCGCUCCUAAAAUGUCCCUAGAAACAGCUGUCUGUCAAGACCAUUCUUUCAAAAUAAUCCAAGAUGUGGCUGGACCUGAAGUCCUUUCUCCUAAAAUAUGUCAAGAAACUGCUAUGUGUCAAGACCUUGCUUCCAAAGUAUGCCAAGACAUGGCUGAGCCUGAAGUCCAUUCUCCCAAAACCUGCCAAGAGACAGCUCUUCCCAGAGACCUUGUUUCUGUAUCUGAAGACGCAGCUGACCCGAAAGGAUGCUCUCCCGAAGUAUCCCCCAGAGCACAUGUGCCUGAACCCUAUCCUCUUGACACGAGCCAAACAAUAGUCAUACCAGAAGAAUCUGUUUCUGAACCAGAUCAAGAAAUGGCUGAGGCUGAAGGCUCCUUUGCCAAAGCACAAGCCAUAGCGCUGUCUGAAGAUAUUUCUGCAGAAACACACCGAGAAGCAGUUGAACCUGAGUACUUUUCCCAUAAGAUAUGUAAAGAAAUUGCUGUGCCUACUAACUCCUUUCAAAACACAAUCCAAGAAACACCUGGGUCUGAAGAAUAUUCACCUGAAAUAGACCAGGAGACUACUAAGUCUGAAGAUUAUUCACCUGAAACCUACCAGGAAGCAGCCAGGCCUGAAGAAUAUUUACCUGAAAUAUACCAAGAAACACCUGAGCUUGAGAACUAUUCACCUGAAACCUACCAAGAAGUGCCUGAGCCUGAAGAUCUCUCUAUUAAGACUUGUAAGAAUAGGGAAGUGCCUAAAGAUUUCCUUCCAGAACCAAGCCAAGGAACAGAUGGGCCCCAAGACCAGGACCCUAAUGCACGGCAGGAAAAUGCCAAGGAUGUCUGUACUUUCUGUCCAGAAAUGAGAGAAAAAGUCAAAGCAGAAGAACCUGAAAUACCAGCAAUUCCACAUGUUCCUCAAGAGAAUUGCCCAGAAAAUGACAUCUAUAGUUAUGUUUUGUUUUAA